GCUCCAACUUAUCUUUUAUCUGGUGGUCGAUUGAAUGAUCCUUUCAUCAACAGUCUGCGCCUCUUUGGAAACAAGAAAGUAUCUUUGGACUUUUGGAGUGGACAGCUUCUGUGUGCUGCAUUGAGUGGUGCAUAGUGAAGUGUCUUGUAACGCUGUGAUUCAAUUCCUUCCCUGAGAGGUUUGGGAGACGGGCACCACCCUGCAAGGAAGGAGCACAAGUCAUUCUUCAUCUGCAAAAACAGAAAUAUUCCAGGUGUGCCAAGAUGCCUCGGUCAUUCCUUGUCAAGAAGUAUUUCACCAACAAGAGGCCAAAUUACAGCGAGUUGGAAAGCCAGAAUGCAGUCAUCCCAGAGUGCUAUCCUCUUGCUGAGCUCCCGAUGAGGGACAACAGCUCCGUCCUGACCUACUACCCCACCGCCCUGGUCUUCAACAUGGAUGCCCUCCCAGCACCUCUCUCCCCUGUGUCCCCCGUCUCCCCUACCCGGCCCUCCCUCACGGGUCCCCUGGACCUCAGCAGCUCCCCCUCCAGCAGCAGUGGGGAGGAUGAGGAGGAGGGAGGGCGCACAUCAGACCCCCCCAGCCCUGUACCCCCCCACCACGUCUACCACUGCCUCCACUGCAGUAAGACCUACAGCAGCCCCUCAGCCCUCUCCAGGCACCAGCUCACCCACUGCCCCAGGGGCAGCGAGAUCAGCUCCAUACCCAGCCAGGCCUUGCCUCGCCCAGCCUUCCACUGCAAAAACUGCCCUAAGGAGUACACCAGCCUGGGGGCUCUGAAGAUGCACAUCCGCUCACACACCCUGCCCUGCGUCUGCACCACCUGUGGAAAGGCCUUCUCCAGACCCUGGCUGCUCAGAGGACACAUACGCACACACACUGGUGAGCGCCCGUUCUCCUGCCAACACUGUAACCGUGCAUUUGCAGACCGCUCCAACCUGCGUGCCCACAUGCAGACCCACUCUGAGGUGAAAAAGUACCAGUGUGGUUCCUGCUCUCGCACCUUCAGCCGCAUGUCCCUGCUACACAAACACACUGCCUCCGGCUGCUGCCCUGCCUCCUAGACACACACUGACCCAGUGGCUCAGCGGCUUAGAACAUUUGGCUGAAGAUGCCACGGUUCUUCAAUUACCCAUAAGGGAUGUUUAAUGCGAUACAGACUGUAAGUUGCUCUGGGUGAAAGUAGGAACCGACUGCAGUGGGUUGAAAGACCCAGGACCACUCAGACAAUGUUUAGAUGGGGAUGGAUCCCCAAACACUGUCAUCCAUCAAUUUGGAGAGGUAUUAUGCACUCCAUUGAGCAACCACAUGGCCUGAAGGACAGGGAUGGGAGGAUGUUGCCUAUAUGUGAACUCUUUUGAAUUCCGAAGUGCCUUACAUUUUUAAAAAAUAUUAAUUGAAAAUUGAAAACCAAAGCAAAUGUUUUUCAUAUUGUUGUUAUGCAUAGAGACUUGAUGUUGGCUGUGAGGUCAAUCAAAUGUAUAUGUGUGUGGAGGGAGCAGCUGGACAUGCAGUUAAUUCCCAGUAUACCCCUCAGUGCCGGCUGGUCCGGGACUGUGACCAUGGUGCAGCUGCUGGCGUGUGUGUAGAAAGUGAAUGUUGUCUCUCAUUAUAUUCCACAUACACAGCAUACAUGUAUUGGAACAGGUGUGUGUGUGGACAGCUGUCUGUAUGGUGUUCUGUGGAGGCAGGGUGCUGAAAGAUGUGUUAGCUCUGACCUCAACUGGUGACCCUCACCUCUUCUGCCACCUCACCCCUUCACUCUUAUCUCCUCACUCACAACCUUCUCACCCCUCUCUCUUUACCUCCUUCUCCUCACUCACACCUCCUUGCCCAUCUCUUCCACACCCUAUCCACUUAUCCCUGACCACCUCCUUACCCCCCAAGUUCUCAAUAUUUUUUCCUCACCCCUCUAAUCCUCACUCUGCACCUUUUUCCCCUUUACCCCUCCCCACCACACUCCUCACCCACAUAACAUUUGCCAGAACCAAACCAUUGGGAUUUGUGUGGUUUGGUCACAAGUCAGUGGACCAUAUAAGAAUGACCAAAGGCAGUCUAAGUCCUAUAUCCAAUAGGUAACUGAACCAAAGCCAUUUGAACCGUCUGUCCUUUAACAUUUUCAAAUCAAGAUUUUAUAAAUGCCUCAAAUAAUUUUGUGCUAGAUUUUAUACUGAUUGUUUAUAAAGAGAGUUUGUAUGUGCCAUCUUUGACAUUUUGUCAAGAAUAUGAUGCUGUAUUUCCACUACAAAGAACUUCAUCAUGAGAUAUUUUGAUAUGAUUCCUAAACCAGCAGAGAUGUGCCUUUCCACUGCUUGCCAUAUGUAA